GUUUUCAUAGGUCAUAUAUCUCGACCUGAAGUUUCCUCUCUAUCUUUUCACACUUUCUACCAGCUAUCAAGAUAAAGCAGUAUCUGCUGAUCAAUUUUGACACUAGUAGUAAAUUUUUGACAGAAGUCUAUCAACCCGAGUGUCACAAUGGGUAACGAAAGCUCGCUGCCUAUGGAACUGUGUUCUAAUUUCGACGUUGAUGAAAUUAGGAGACUGGGAAAACGGUUUCGGAAGUUAGAUUUGGAUAACAGUGGUGCUUUGAGCAUCGACGAGUUCAUGUCAUUGCCAGAAUUGCAACAGAAUCCUCUGGUGCAGCGUGUCAUAGAUAUAUUCGAUGCCGACGGCAAUGGAGAAGUAGAUUUCAAGGAAUUUAUUCACGGUGUCUCUCAGUUCAGCGUUAAGGGUGACAAGGAAAGUAAAUUGAGAUUCGCAUUUAGGAUCUAUGAUAUGGACAACGAUGGUUUCAUAAGCAACGGAGAACUGUUCCAAGUACUAAAAAUGAUGGUAGGGAACAAUUUGAAGGAUACUCAACUUCAACAGAUCGUUGAUAAGACGAUAUUGUUCGCUGACAAGGAUGAAGAUGGGAAAAUCAGUUUCGAAGAGUUUUGUUCUGUUGUUGGUAAUACAGACAUUCAUAAGAAGAUGGUGGUUGAUGUUUAAAUUGUCGAAGUUUAUAGAAAGAAAAGAUAUUAGAGAACAAUUUUACAGUAAUAUUAAUUUGACUCGAUGAAUUUAUUAUUAAUACUAAAUUGGAUAGUUGUAAGUAACAAAACUGUGUAGGGUGAAAUUAUGAUCGUUAUUAAGUCUUCAAUCUUAACAAGUUCUUAAUAUGCACAUGUAUACAUAUUAUAAGUUUGUCACAUUCAAAAAUGUUUUUCCAUAGGGCAGUGUACAUUACAAUUUAAUUGACCACCAACUUUCUCAAAUUGUGCACAUUUACUAAACAUACUAUAGAGUUUCAAUAUUUUAAAAAGACUUGUAUGCAACAUACGUAGGUACAGGAAUUUUUAGUUAAAGAUAUUUAUGCAAAACUAGCUUUGUUACUUGUUUUAUAAUUUAUAACAUUAUUUAAUAACUACAAAAUUAUAUCAAAAUACUUUUGGGAGUGAAGUUAUAAAUGUCUAGAUUAUAUAAGUUGUUUUUCUGUAUAUUGAAAUCUGAUGAACAUAUGUCUUUAAAUUACUAUUCUAUAACAUAUUUCAGUAAUUUGGAAUAAUUGUCUACUAAACAAAAUUGUAUCUUUCAUCAACUCUAUUUCUGUAGUUUCUUAAUUAAAUAUUUGUGUUAUACUAUUAUGAUAGAAAAAUAUUUUAUUUAUUCUGUAACAUAAGAUCUAUUAAGUUAAAUUCUGUAAGUAUGUAGUUAAUUUGUAAAAAAGUUUCUGUUCAUUUUCAAAAUACGCUUGUAUAUAUAUCGUAUUACAUUAUUAAUUGAUUAAUUAAUUGUGCAUUUGAAAAAAAUAUACAUCGUUCAAUCAGUUGUUAUUAACAUAUUUGAAAUCGUCCUUACAUUAACAAGAUUAAUCUUCUCGCGGAGAACUUCAGUUCUCAAGUAGAUUAACAUAAGAGCAAACAUUGUUUCAAAACUUUCAAACGCACAGUUAUUCUUAAAUAAUCGUAUUUGUUUGUUAUAUGAUUAUUAAAGAAACACAGUGUGCUACAAAA